AUUAUUUUAGACAAGAUGACAGAGUCAGCUCUUCUCCUUGGAUCAUGUCUUCUUCUCUUGGUAGUGCAGUCUCUUUCAUUGUGUGUCUUGGAGGAUGGCAAAAACUCCACUUGCUCUAGUUCAUCUUUACUGCUUGUAUCUAGGAGCCAAAUAAAGGAUAACAAUGGAUACUCACUGAUAGUUAACAAGCUACCAUAUAUUGCUACAAAUUGCACAAGUACUAAUAGCGAAAAGGAAUUUAAUGCAUUUAUGGGAGAGAGAGGACUGGAGACUGAGUUCCUUGAUAAAGACAACACAACAGUAAAGAUAAAUAUUCUUGGGGAUGUUGGCAGUGGUCAACACAUAAUUUCCAUAUCACGUUUGAUUAAUGAUUCAAACUGCUGCAAGGUAGAAGCUGUUCUGAAUCAUGAAAUAACAGUGAAAGUCAUUGAUGAUCCUUAUGCUCAUCACCAGAACACUGACCCUCAGACUAUACAGUGUACUGUAUUGCAUUCGGACUUUUCCGACAUGUGGACAGAGUUUAUGCUAAAUGAUGCUGUGCUUGGAUACUGUGGACACUUUACAAGUCCAGUUGAGCACAAAAAUGGAAUAUCUAUUUAUUAUGAUACAACUGAGGGAGUCUGCACUUUAAAAAUUGAUAAGUUAACAGAUGAUAAUAAAGGGAAUUACUCAUGCUCAGUGAUGGUUCCAUACCCUGAUGGUAAUGGAUUCUUAAGAUUAAACUCAUCAUCCAUACCCAUUAAUUGUCCAAAAAAUUAUGAUAAAACUAUACUUGCAGCUACUAGA